UAAUUAUUUUAGUUCACAUCAAAUGCAUUUUUCUCUAUUUAUUCAUUUUUCCGUCAGAUGUCAGAAUAUGCGAAAUGAACAUGCUAUGUAAGGAUGCACGAAUACAGGUUAGGUUAUAAAAGAUAUAAAGGGAUGAAUCUUUCAGUCGUAGCUAUACCAAAGCAAUAAUAUGUGAAAAUUAUGAGUAAUUUUAAAUUUCGUUACGUAAUAUGUAGUUGAAAUAAUUAGAUCAAAUAUUAAUAGAUCACUAAUAAAAAUAGAUCUUUUAAUGACUGACAUUUCAAUUAAAGAGGUUAUGUUAUCAAACUGGCCGUCAAUACGAUUCCGUCUUUUAACUUUAUGACCCGUGCUAUGAUUCUUUCAUCAUAAUGAAUAAUUCGAAUAACAAAGAAACGAUAAAUCUACUUGAUCUGUUAUCAGACACUGAUUCCGAUGUAUCAGAUUUGGAUCUCACACCCAAGAAGAAAAAAAUAAAACGAAAACAUAGACUAAGUGGCACAAUUAAAAUGAAACAGACCGAUUCUUGUGGAUGUAGCAAGUCUGAUGUGAGAAUCAUAUCAUUAUGGAUGGCAGGUGUUUUAAUUACCUUUUGGCUGAUAGCACUAUCUUGGUUAGCUGUUAUUUUAUAUGGAGAAAUUAAAAAAAUGGAUAUAUCUAUAAAAUCAGUGAAUAAUUAUACAACGAUGCUUGACCAUGAUCGAACGUCAUAACACGAAGAUCAACCCAAACUAUUAUAUGAUAUCACGUAUAACCCAAUGAUGAUAGAUCAAUAAUUACCAAAAAUUGAAAAAUUUCCUACUUUUAAAAUUCAUUAUAUAAACUCCAAGUCAAGAUACAAUAUUUCACCGAUAAAAAAAGAAAAAAAAGAAAAAGAAUAUGCCUUUUGACGUGCAAAAUCAAUUGAUUUUCAGAGGAAGUAGUCACGCGAUAUACCGGUAUAAUAGAUAUUUUAUUCACGGGGGAACGAUAGAAUCGGAAAGAUGUGAUCGAGGGGCCGUGAAUCGUAGAUCGUCGCGUUCACGCGGGCGGAACAGUGGAAACGCGGCCGAAUUUCGAGCACGGAAAUGAACCUGUGGUGCGAAUGAUUAUCGACGCGAGUGCAUUGUGCAGGGGUUGAUAAAGAGGGAGAGGGAGUGA